AUGGAACAAUUACAAAAUCUUCCAUUCUCGUCAAUUGUCGAUGCUCUUGAAUAUCAAGCUCAAAUAAGACCAGAGAAAAUUGCCAUUUUGUAUCCUGAUCCAAAUCAGGCUUCAAGAGAAUAUGCAUCUCUUACGUAUAGACAAUAUAAUAAUGUUGUUAAUAAUCUAGCUAAUAAAAUUUCAAAAUAUUUACCAUGGUCUUCAUCGGAUGAAUCAAUUACCUGUGGUCUCUUGGCAGUUGGUGGCAUAGAAUAUCUGUUAUCUCAGUAUGCAUUAUUAAAAUUGCCCAAUAUUAUUAUGUUUCCAAUAUCAGCCAGAAAUUCUCAAGCAACAGUGGAACAUUUAUUAGAAGUAACAAAGACAGCUCUUUUACUAACAACAACUCAAUAUUUACCAAUGAUAAAAAUAAUUCAACAACAACAACAAUUUCAAUCAUUAAAAGUUAUUUUUUUGGAUAAAGAUGAAUUUAUAAUUGAAGACUUAUUAAAAAACAAAGAUAUCGAAUGUCCUACGACAUCAGAUAUUAUCACAUUGAGAAAAAACAAAGAUAAAGAAUUUAAUAGAGUAAUUGUAAUUCUUCACAGUUCUGGAAGUACAUCUCAUCCAAAACCUAUUCGUUUGACAAAUCGUUAUUUUCUAGGUACUUUAGCUUUGUAUUUAUCUAUCAAUAAAGAUUUUUGGCACGAAGACGAUGUCAUAUUGGUAUGGGCAGCAUUGUUUCAUUUACUAGCAUUUAAUAUAACAGUACGUGCUGUUGUAAAAGGAUGCACGUUUGCACUGCCGCUCUGUGUUACCUUUCCACCGAAACCAGAUGAAUUAUUGCGCAAUAUAAAAGUUAAAAAUGAUAUUACAGUCUUAGUCACAGUACCAAGUUUGCUUGAGCAACUUAUACGAGAAUUACUUUCUGAAAAAAAUACUAAUAUUGGCUUAAAACCACUAGAAAAAUUGAAAUUUGUUAUGUAUGGUGGAGCUGGUUGUCCAGAUGAAUUAUGUAGAACAUUAGUUGAUAAUGGCGUUGUAUUGAUAAGUGCCUAUGGUGCAACAGAAACUGGCAUGAUUCUUGUGACAAAUAUUAAACCUUAUAAUAAGAAAUGGAAAUUUAUGCAACUUUCUGAUCUUCGAAAAACUUUUCUUCGUAUUGAAACACCUCAAAAUGCACAAAAUCCAAAUGAAAAAAUUAUAGUUCAUUUACCAAAUGAUCCAUUCUUAGCAGAAAAUGUUUCUAACUCUUCUGAUGGUUGUUAUACAACUGGAGAUAUAUUUCUUGAAGAUCCACCUAAUUCUGGACAAUAUGUUAUUGUAGGACGUCAAGAUGAUACUUUAGUUCAUAUCACUGGUGAAAAAACAAAUCCACUUCCAAUGGAAAAUAUUAUUCGACAGUCACCUCUUAUUAAACAAGUUGCUAUUAUAGGUCAUAAUCAAUUUUGUACAGCUGCAUUAAUUCAAUUGAAUGUUGAAGAAGCAUCUAAUUAUGAUUUUGAUGAAAUCAAAGAAAAAAUAUGGGAUAUUAUAGAACAAGCCAAUAAAGAUGCACCAUCUCAUUCACGUCUUGUUCGACAACUUGUUAAAAUUUUGCCAAUGAACAAAACUUUACCUGUUACACAUAAAGGAAAUUUAAUAAGACAAAGAGUUAAUCAAGAAUAUUCGAUAUUAAUUAGUACGAUCUAUGAUCAAUUUUUAAAUAAAAAAUAUCAAGAACAACAAAAAAAUGAAACUAUUCAUAAAAAAGAACAAUUAAAAUGGACAAAAGAAACAAUAAAAAAGUAUUUAGAAGAAAAAUUGAAAUUAAUUAUGGAGAAUAUUAAUGAUUCUUCACGAUCAAUUUUUGAUUUUGGUGUUAAUUCAUUACAAGUUGUUGAAUUAAGAAAUUUUAUUUGUCAAGAUAUUUGUGAAAUACCAAAAAAUUUUCUCUAUGAAAAUUCUUCAAUUGAACAAAUGAUAGAAAAAUUGAUUGAAUAUCUUCAAUGUGAAAAUAUUGAAAAUCAACAAACAGAUCCAUAUCAUUAUAAAUUAACUGAACAAAUUAUUGAUAAAUAUAUUGAUUUAAUGAAAUCGAAUAAAAUUUCAUCGAUUAAUAAAAGAGAAAAUCAAAAAACCGAACGUGUUUUUCUUGUCACAGGCUCAAAUGGAUCAUUAGGAAGUUUUAUUAUUCGAGAUUUACUUAAACAAUCCGAAUCGAUUGUUAAACGUGUUUAUUGUCUUUUACGUGGUUCAAAUACAAAAGAACGUCUCUUUCAAUCAUUUGAACAACGACAAUUAGAUAUUUCUCUUUUAAUAAAAUCAUUAGAACAAGAAAAACCACGUCUUAUUAUUUUAUCAUCAUCAAUGAAUUUAAGUGAAGAACAUUUAGGUCAAACUGAUUUAAUUUAUCAAGAAUUACAAAAUGAAGUAACAGAUAUAAUUCAUACAGCAUGGAAAAUGAAUUUUAAUCAAACUAUUAAAGAUUUUGAAUAUGAUUCUAUUUUUGGUAUUUAUAAUCUUUUGAAAUUAGCAGCUUCAAACAAUAUGCAAUUUCAUUUUAUUUCAAGUAUAUCAUCAGCUAGUUCUGGUUUAUUGAGUUAUGUUAAAGAAGAACCAUUACCAAGAAAUGCCGAAAUUGCAUUACCACAAGGAUAUGGACAAAGUAAAUAUGCUGGUGAACAUUUAUGUUGGGCAGCAAUGAAUUUAUGGAAUGUUCCAGUCAAUAUUUAUCGUAUCGGACAAGUAAGUGGAGAUACACAAAAUGGUGUAUGGAAUACAACUGAAAUGACUCCUAUGAUGAUUUAUGCUGGUGCUGGACAAUUAAAACAAAUGCCAAAUAUUGGACAAGAUAUUAAUUGGAUACCUGUUGAUGUUUGUAGUGCUUCAUUAGUUGAUUUAGCAUUGAAAUCAUCAUUUGACAUAUCGAUAUCAGCUGAUCAACGUGUUUAUCAUCUUCUCAAUCCAAAUGUUAUUACAUAUGAAGAUUAUUUAAAUUUUCUUCGAGCAGCGGGUUUAAAUUUUGAUACUGUCUCACCAAAAGAAUUUAUUGAUACAAUUUUAACGACAAAGGAUUUAACUAAUCCACUUAUUAAAUUAUCUUCCUUCUUUGAACAAAUCUUUAGUAAGAAAGAUACAUUGAAAGUUUCGAAAUAUGAAACUGUAAAAACAGUUAAAAAAUGUGAAAUUUUAAAAAAUUGUCCAUCAAUUGAUUCAAAUUUGAUUAAAUUAUAUUUAAAUCAUUGGAAAAAAUGUCAAGUAUUUAAAGAGUAA